AUGCCCGCGCGCUCCCAUGCCCAGCCCCGAAGGCCACUGCCCCGGCACCCUCCUCACCGCCGUCGCCGGCUGCGCUGCCCGCUCUCCCGAGACCAGGAAGAAACCUCUGAAGACAUCAGGGAACACAGGAAAAGCAGAUUUAAUUUGCUGGGGGAAUUCAGUGACUACAAUGACAAUGACAACACCACAAGAUCCUACGAUGACUACUUUUGUCCAGAAACAGUCUCAUCACUGGCUAGUGAUCCCACACAUCCUUUCAAGAAGAUCUUUGUGCCCUUAGUCUACCUUCUGAUAUUCCUUCUGGGGACCUUGGGCAAUGCCCUAGUACUGAUCAUCCUGGAGCGUUACAAGCGCGCCCGCACUACCACCGAGAACUUCCUCUUUCACCUAGCUCUGGCCAAUCUGGUGCUAUUGCUCACCUUGCCUUUUGGCGUGACCGAGAGCUUGACUGGCUGGAUCUUCGGCACUUUCCUCUGCAAAGUCCUUAGCGCUGUCCACAAGAUCAACUUCUACUGCAGCAGCAUGCUGCUGGGCUGCAUCAGUGUGGAUCGCUACCUGGCCAUAGUGUAUGCUAUCCACACCUACAGGAAGCGCAGAGUCAGGUCCAUCCACCUCACUUGCCUGGCCAUUUGGUUCCUCUCCCUGGUGCUGACCUUGCCCGAUCUAGUGCUCAUGGAGGUCUGGUCAGACAAGAGCAACCACAGUGUCUGCAAUUUCCAGCAAGUUGGGAUUCAUGGCAGCAACAUGUGGCUGGCAACCCGCUUCCUGUAUCACAUUGUGGGUUUCUUUGUGCCCCUGCUGGUCAUGUGCUACUGCUACACAGCCAUUGUGAGAACCCUGUGCCAGUCUCAGCGGCUGCAGAGGCAGAAGGCCGUGAGAGUGGCCAUCCUGGUCACAGGGGUGUUCCUACUCUGUUGGAGCCCUUACCACAUGGUCAUCUUUUUGGACACACUAGACAAGCUGGAAACCUUACCGAACGAUUGUGCCUUGGCGGACCAGCUGGGCACCAGCAUCAUGGUGACAGAGGUGAUUGGCUUCACACAUUGCUGUCUCAACCCCAUCCUCUAUGCCUUUGUUGGAGUCAAGUUCCGUAACGACUUCUUCCGGAUCCUCCGGGACCUGGGCUGCAUAAGCCAAGAGACCCUGCAGGAGAUCCUUGAUGUGACGAGGAAGAGCAGUGGGAUUGAGUCGGACACCAUCACUUCUGUCAGCACCUUCUAGUGGGGAAAGAACUGGGCACAGGGCUGAGAUAGACCUUGCUGAUCCUGGCCAGCAGAGCAUGUAAUGCCCUUGGUGCAAGACUCAGCUCUGCCUCAGUAUCAUCCCUACCACUUCCCUCCUCUCCACAAGAAACUGAGGUCUAAAGGCCACCAUUAAAACAGCAAAUACUUGUCAACUGUUACCACAUAGUUACUUCCUGUGCUAAGUAUAUGGAGAAAUGGUUUGUGUAGCCCUUGGUAAAUACUGACUUUACAUAGCAACCACUGCAAAGGGGCUGACUGGGACCCUAGUUAGUUAGCUCUGAUACUGCAUUCUCCCCACUGGAGGAGCCCCAUGUACAGAGCCAACCACAGAAUCGGGCCCUUAGAAAAUGACUAACAGGAAAUUCCAGAUGACGGAGAGAUUUUUAUCAAAGAAAUGGAAGAGCAUGAUUUAGUCUGUGCAGCUCAUUGAGGUGCUCAGAAGAAAGUGAUACAGCCCGAUUAUUGCUUUUAAUUAGAAACAGUUCUAUGUUUAAUCAAAGUCAUGUACAAUAUGAAGAAGUUUAGAGUAUGUUUUAGUUACUUGGGCACAUAGCUGCAUGUUACACACCAUUCUGGUCAAUACAAAGGACUGGACACUGCUCUUCUGACUGCAUCACAGAAUCUGGAAGUAGAAGAGGCCUGUAAGGCAGCCAGCCCAUUUCCUCCAGCCAAAGUCGGGUUGUCUCCUGUUGUGCCUUUCCUGGGGCUUUGGGACGGUUGGGUCCCUCGAUCCCAAAUGGGGGCAUUUCUGCGACUCACACUGGGAGACUCUUCCAUAGGCCCAAAGACUUUACUGUCAGGAAUUCCUUUCCUGCCCAUCAGCUGCAUACUUUCUCACUCACUUCCAAUCCAUUUUAUUUCUAUUAAUAAUUCCAGUUACUGACUUACUGGAACUAACUGAUUUCCUUUGAGGGUGAAUAUUCUCUGAGCAGCCCCUGUCCAGCCUUGUAACUGAACGCUGGCACAGACCCUCUCCUACUUUGAUUACCGGGUGGGAGGGGGAGGGAAAUAAGGCUGAACAUGUUAUUGAUUUGCUUUGGGGGUCGGUUGCUUUAUCUCUUGGCUUUAAGAGCAAGAAUUCCUGUUAUUCCAGAGUAAAACAGAACAUGGAAGGAGAAGAGGAGUUUGGGGUGGGGUGGGGUGUUUUUUUUCCAGGGGGAGACAAGGGAAAGUUUUUGCUAUGCUUUGUACUGUGCUUUCAGGCAUUUUAGCUCUAUCUGCAUUGAUGGUGUCUUUAAAAAUUUCACGUAUUAGAUUUUAGGGUAAAAAGGUCUGAACUUUGACUUCAUACCAGAGUUGUGGGUACCCCACAGCUCUCAGGAUCAGGCCUACUCUACACAGACAUGCACCAAACUCACGACAGCAGCUUUAACCCACAGCUGGGGUUAUUUCAGUGUAAGGCUGUGUCCAGCAGCCAUAAGGGACUCUGUUUAACUAUGUUGUUUUCCAUUAGCUGUUGUCACACCGACAGGGACAACGUGUAGGCAAUGCUGCUGCUUUCUUUAUAUUUUUCUUAAUAGGUAAAGUGUUACUUUGGCUUGAAAUGUAUUAGUUAUAGUUCUGCCUAAAGAGCCACUGGCCACCUCUCAUCCUAGGCACAACCUACCCACAAAUACAUUUGUAAAAAUCUGCUCCAAAAUUAACCUGAUUUUCUAGGCAAAACUAAAACUAUUUCUGCUGAUCAGUAUUAAUUUCAGUGUUGUCAAACUGCCCAUGUGGCCGGGUGGAUGUUUGAGUUUUGUGCUAGGGUCACUAGUAGCAUUCACCCAAUAACAAAGAGACCAACUACAAUUCACUCACCCCUUUCCAGAAAAAUGAUCUGUCAGAAGUAGGGGAAUGAUCCAUAUUUAAAGGAUCACCACUGGGCUAAAUUCAGCCCAAAAUGGAGGAUUGGUGAAGCCUUUUACCAACUCUAACCCCAACGGGAAAAGUCCAAGGUUUAGAGAGUUUUUUGGGUUUUUUUUAAAUUCCAAGGGAUGUAACGUUAACAACAACAAAAAAAUCAAAUAUUCCCUGCGGUGUUCACAGCACAGCCACUGAGAACCCCAGUGAAGCUGAUGAGGUGAUUCUUAUGGUCCAAGCAGGGAGAAAUGCCGAAAAGUUUGUUUAAACUGUGCUACUGUGGCAAAGUCCAGGUACAGUUUGUACAUUAUUUCACUGUUCAUAACUCAAAGGAGAUAUUGAGAGGCUUUUUUUUUUUAAAUGAACUAUAAUGAUUAAUUAAAUAAAGUACUUUUUCCACCUCGCCUGUCUCAUGCUUCUGCAGAAAGUCAGCUGCAGUUGUCAAUAUUCUGAAACAGACAUAUCAGAGAGACCAAUGAAUAGCUGCUGGCUGGUCAGAUGCCUUUCUGAUAAGUUCUGUAUGGAGAUAAAAGGAGCCUUUCAUGUGUUGCUUAUGAGGCUCACUGGAAUUUGUCCUUUUCACUAGUACUGCAGAAGCCUCUCUUAUUUUAGGGCACAUGUAAGAUCCAAGUUUAGCUCGUUUUUUAACCAAGGACUGCCCAGAGCACCCAUCACCAUUGUACUUAGACAUCAGCUAACCCUAGUAGGUUACUAUAAGCUACUUUAUUCAAGUUUCAGAUUUGCCAACCCAUAGCAGAGUUACACUCAAAGCUCAGCUGCUUUAAGUAAGAAAAAAUCAACUGGAUCUUGUUUCAUUGGAGAGAUCUUAUUAAAGUGCUCACAGUGCAUUAGGCCCAGGGAGAGUUGGUGCUCUCAGGUUUCCAUAAUUGCUGCAAGAACUGCUUGGUGGCAAAAACACUUAUUCAUCUGCCUGCUCUGCUGCUCAUCCAAGUUUGGCCCUGGCUGCAAGAAGAGGCAGCUCAAUAGUGAGAGAUUGUAUGGUCCAGCAGUCUGAGCAAGUGAUUCCAAAGCUGUGACACUGAUACCUGAUGUGGCCUUGGUCAAGUCACAUAGCCUAGUUUGACCGUCUCCAAAAUAGGGAUAAUGCACUGCACUGCACUCCUGCCUGCUAUGUGACUCUGCAGCCCAGUCUUGCCGAUCCAUGGCUACCUGGCAACAAAUCAAGCAAAGAGGCAAGAGUGAGUCAAAGAAAGAGGCGCUUCACCAGAGCUUAAAUUCAGCUGGAGCACACCAGCGUGGAGCUCUGGUAAAUAGUUUCAAACCUGCGGCGGUAGCGGGGCUAAAGCCCCAAGCCCUGGUGCCCCCCCACCCCUAAGUUAAAGCCUGGAGCCCCUAAUGGGGUGGGGCGCUCCAGGAAAUAAUCUUUGAGAAUUUAAGCCCUGGGCUUCACCAAAACACACAGGAUGCUGGACAUCGAAUGCAGCGAAGUCUUUAACAGAUGUUAGUCUGUUACAUGCCCAAAUACCUGAGCAGCUCCAAACAGGUCAGUGCAACAGGGCAGAGGAGCAGUGAUCAUGUAAGAAAUAGCUUCUCUGGACUGAGAACUGGACCUGCCCCCUACCUGAACAACUGGGACCGAUGGGACUUUGUGGCAGGAUCUACCUCUGGGGCUUUUCCUAGCUAGAAUCCAAGACUCAGCCUGGUGGGGCACAGUGAUUGGCAGCUAUCAAAAGGACACUGCUACCAAAGUUUGCUAAGCAACAGCACAGGUACACAAGUGCACAUACAGCAGAGCACCCACAGGGACCUGUAUCUCGAAGACCCAGUGUUACUGCACAAGGUGAGUAACUUCUUUCAGCAUGCCAACUGACAAUACCAUGGGCCCCUAUAAUGGGGUCAGCACCUGCCUCUCACAAGCGCCCCCCUCUGGUUGGGUGUGUGUGCAGUCUUUAAAUCAGUCCAGCCCUAAUGUUGGGCUGUAUCCCCAGGGCUUCCUCCCUGGAUACACUAUCUUCCUGUGGCCCUCUCCAGGCUCAGUCCCUACACUCAGUGUCUGCAGCCAGCCCAAAGCUCCUUCAGUGCUAGCAGGGACUGGGGAUCAAAUUGUCUUUGGCUCAGUCCUAGCAGCCAGCCAGGAGCCUCUCACUCUCCCAUUCCCUGCUCCCACUUCGCUGUCCAUUGUGCUGCAGAUCCCUCAGCUAGACAGGCCUGCAGUCCUUUCUUCUCCAGCUUCCAGCAGCAACUAACUGCUACGCUGCUCUGCAGCUCCUUUUAUUUGGCCCUCCUGGGCCAUGAUUAGCUGCUUCCUCUGCAGCCACUCUAGCCUGCUUGGAGGACUGCUCCACUGCUCCUCAGCUGGGAUGAGUGUAGCAGGACCCUGAGGCCACCAACAAGCCACAGAAAGUCAGGGGGGAGGGGUUCCCUCAUGUUUGCCUCUUGAAGUUGUUCCACUUGACUUACCCACUCACUGGCCCCUAGAAUAGUUGAGAUGCCUUCUCUAGGCCAGGGGUUCAGUGACUGCUGUAGAGUGUGGGAAAUGCUAGGGCAACACACCCACCCCAGUCUGGUAAGAGAGGGCUUGACUAGCCCUUUCCUGUAGCCCAUGGGUGCACCCUAAACUUUGGGCUAUCAUGAUGGGGUGGUUCUCAUUGUUGCCUCUUGAAGCCGUUCCACUUGAAUUAACUAGUCUUUAGGCCAGCCCAUGAGCAAGAUGCGCUCUGCAACCUGGUGGUUAGGUUACAUGCCUGGCCUGUGGGAGAUGCUCCCUUACUCUUGCCUGUGGAAGCUAUUGCAAUUGACUUAACAAUUCUUCAGGCCAGGCCAAAAGUCAGAAUCACUCUAUAGGCUGGUGGUGAGGGUACUCACACCUAGGUUGUUGGAAAGCCUGGUUCAAAUCCCUACUCUGCCUAUUCAGCAGGGGAUUGCACAGGGAUUUCCUCCCUCCCAGGUGAUUGCCCUUUGCAAUGGGACAUCCUUGUCUGAACCCCCUCCCUUUCUCAGGAGGCCAUUUCUAUCUUGGGACAGGGAGGGGAUUCAGACAGGGCUUGCCCACCUCUGACUCUUCCCUGGGAGGUGGGAGCCCGCAGCUCACACUCUUAAGCAGAGAAGGGCUCUGCCACAGCCUGGAUGUGUAUCCUAGCUACUGGGGAUGAGAGGGGGAUUUGGGUCUUUUGUAUGGCCACCAUUACUCAUUAAUUAAAGCAGCAAGAGCUGCUCUGUAUCGUCCACAGUCAAUUUACAAGGGCCUGCACCUCAGGCACCAGACCUCCUCCACUGAGACAAAUGGGGAAUUUGAACCAGGGUCACUCACAUCCCAGAAAAGUGCUCUAACCCCCCCUAGCAUCAAGAGCCAUGGAGGCAGACUUUGGCCCAUUUAUUAUGUAGUUAAAGUGGACCACCGUCAAUAGAAAAGACUGAGGGAACCCUAUGUCAGAAUACCUCCCAGGCUGGCACUUAGGCCCUUCACUUGAGAGGUAAGGGAGCCUGCUUCAAAUCCCAUCUCAACCAGCACAAAAGGGAUUUGAACCAGCAACUCACCCAUUCUGGAGAACAUACCAAAACAACUGGACUACCAAAAGAUUCACAGCCUGAGUUUGACCCAAUUAUUUAGUGGCAGUGGACCAGCUUCACCAAGAAAGACCAAGGUUGCUCCCACAUCAAAAUACCUCCCACAUUGGCAUUUAAGCCAUUCACUGGAGGUAAGAGAAUAAAGUUCAAAUCUCAGCUCAGCAAGCAGAAAGAGGGUUUGAAUCAGCAACUCCUAUGUUCUUAGCCAGGAGUGUAAUGUGUAACUUGUCUCAAUAUAUUGAAGUCUACUCUGCUAGCUCUCUGUGCAGAGCUGGGACAGCACAUGGAAAGAACACAGACACGUACGCCGACUGACCUCAUUGGCAAUCAGUGAGUGAAGAUUAUUCUGUAGCCUUGAGUACUAGCUCCAAAGGAGCAGUCAGAGAAUAAAGCCAACACUGCUCCUUUCCUUCACUGCUUCUGCCCAGCAGGAGCGACUGGCUCAGGAGCAUCCAUGGCUCUGCAGUUCUGAGAGAGCAGAGAGCUUAGAAACGCACGGUUUAUAGUGCAGAGAGCUGGGCUGACAGCAGGGCAGGGAGGGAAUGGGCUCUUUUAUUGCCUCAUGGUAGCUGUUUCCAACUGAAUGGAGAGGAUGAGCUACCCAAAAAGCAGCAACAGAGGGUUAGCCAGUGGCGCUGAUCAUAGGUGCUACUACAGCAUCAGCUCUUGCUCGGAGCAGAAGACUGCUGCUGACAUCAUUGGAAAGGAUUGCAGUUAAAAGCUAAGAUUUGACUUGUAGUUUGGAUAAUCUGGGCAUUAACAACAGCUCUGCCCUUCACAUGGCAACAACUCUCCUCAUUCCUCAAACAUAAUUUGGAGAAAACAACCAGAAGAAAUGCAUGUGUCCAAGCCAGUUCUUCGCUGGGGCUCUACCAAACAGCAACUACCAGCAAUAUGUGAUUUGAUGUGAGCCCCCA